GGUGGAGAACAGGCAGAAGGGGGGAAGGAAGCAGAAAGAAAGAGAGAGAGAAAAAGAGAGCGUCAUGCUACUGCAGCCAUGGACCUGCGUACGGAGCUCCUGAAGUCCAUCUGGUACGCCUUCACCGCGCUGGACGUGGAGAAGAGCGGGAAGGUGUCCAAGUCCCAGCUCAAGGUUCUGUCUCAUAACCUGUGCACAGUGCUGAGUAUCCCCCAUGACCCUGUGGCCCUUGAGGAACAUUUUCGGGAUGACGAUGAUGGCCCCGUCUCCAGCCAGGGCUACAUGCCCUACCUCAACAAGUACAUCCUGGACAAGGUUAAGGAGGGCUCUUUCCUGAAGGAGAACGUGGACGAGCUCUGCUGGACCCUUACCGCCAAGAAGAACUACCGCCCCGAGAAGAACGGCAGAACGCUGCCGGGCAAGGACGCCUUCCGCCUCUGGUGCCUCUUCAACUUCCUGUCAGAGGACAAGUAUCCGCUGGUCAUGGUUCCUGACGAGAUAGAUUAUUUAUUGAAGAAAGUCUGCAUGGCCAUGAGUGUGGAACUCAACUGUGUGGAGCUGGAGGACUUCAUUUCCAAGGAUUCUGUGCAGCAGCGUGGCUUCACUGUCUGGGUCUUCCUAGAACUGAUGAAUUCUGGGAAGCUGACAAGAGGCAUUGACGCGGACGUGGUCAGCAUGGCUAUUGAAGAGGUUUACCGGGAGAUCGUUGGAGAUGUACUCAAAGAGGGAUAUCUGUGGAAGAAGGGCCAGCUGCGCAGGAAUUGGGUGGAGCGCUGGUUCACCCUGCAGCCCGGCACGCUGGCCUACUUCACCAGCGAGGACCGGAAAGAGCGCAAGGGAAACAUCACACUCGACAGGAACUGCUGUGUGGAGGUGCUGCCAGACAGAGAUGGGAAAAGAUGCAUGUUCUGUUUGAAAACAUUGUCCAAGACCUAUGAGAUGAGUGCCUCAGACACGAAACAGAGGCAGGAGUGGACUGCAGCGGUGCAGACGGCGAUCCGGCUGGCGGUGGAGGGGAAGUCCUCCCUGCACAAAGACCUGAAGCUGAAGCGACGGGAGCAGCGGGAGCAGCGGGAGCAGCGGCAGGUGGCCAAGGAGGAGGAGCUGCAGCGCCUCCGCGCCCUGCAAGAGGAGAAGGAGAGGAAGCUGGCCGAGCUGGAGCUCCUGCGGGAGGCGCAGAAGCAGGCGCAGGUGCUCCUGGAGGAGGACGAGCAGAGGAGGCGCCAGCAGCACGAGCAGCUGCAGCAGGCCCUGGAGGAGCAGCUCAGGGAGGCCGAGGAGGCGCGGGCCAGCAUGCAGGCGGAGAUGGCGCUUAAGGAGGCGGAGGCGGAGCGACAGAAGAGGCGCAUUAAGGAGCUGGAGGAGAUGCAGCAGCGACUGGAGGAGGCGCUUUACCUGGAGAAGAAGGCUCGGCAGGACGAGGAGGCCUUCCGCUUCGCCCAGACCAGGCUGCUGGUGGAAGAGGAGGAGAAGAUGAAGGCUCUGAUGGCUCUGCAGGAGGAGCAGGAGGAGUACAUCCUGCAGACCCAGCGGGAGAAGCAGGAGCUUCGGCAGGAGAUGGAGAGCAAGUCCCGCUCCCUGGAGGAGGCGCAGCAGCAGCUGGAGGAGGUCCGGGCCAACCGCCAGAGAGUGGACCAGGACGUAGUGGCUGCCCAGAGGAAGCUGCGCCAAGCCAGCACAAACGUGAAGCACUGGAACGUGCAGAUGACCAGGCUCAUGCAUCCUAUUGGCCCAGGAGACAAGAGGUCGUCGGGCGGCAGCUCGUCCUUCUCCAGCUUCCGCAUCCCGACGCAGCGCGACCCGGCCCUGCGGCUCCUCCAGCCGUCCGAGGAGCGGGGCGAGGAGAGCAAGGAGAACGUGCAGGCCGGCGUGGGGGCGGAGCCCGAGCGCCGCCUCUCCCAGACCUCCAACGGGGACAUGGAGAUCCCCUGAGCCGCGCGCGGGGAGCCGCGCCCGAGCCCGCGCGGGGGGAGGGGUCGCCGCCCUGCUUGCGUACGACGUUCGCGCUCAAACCCACACAGGAGAUGCACUUAAACGUCAGGGACAGUCACAGGAAAUAGCAACGGUGCAGCGUGUGGGGUUACAGCCUGCGAGGCCAUGUGAGGCCCAUGGCGAACAUAAGAAGCUCCUCAAGCCAUUUCUGAGAAACAAGACACCUCUAGCCCUUACCAACGCUGAGCCUCAAAGUAACAAGUGCGCACCUCGGUGGCUUUUAAUGGUACUAUGAUCUCUGAGUCUCUCAGUCGCCUCACUUCCUGUAUGUUUGUCCUUGGUGUCUCACUGUACAGGUUUAAAUGUCUCUUUUAGGAGACUGCAAUCUUUUCUCAACUAAACAGCGAACAGUCGACAAGGAACUCGCCAGUCAUACCUGAGUCUAACUGGAGGACCGUAAUUUUCCACGAGAUUUGAAAGUGUCAUCUUGAGUUCAGCGUUUGUUUAAAGCUUUUAUUGAUCUUCCAUAUGAAUAUGUUUAUUUUGUGCCUUAUAAUGUUGUUCAUAUUAUCCUAUGGUAUUGCUUUUUUAUUUUUUUCUGUCUCAUUGUCAGAUUCUAUGAAAAUGGCAGCAGUAAAGUUGACUUCAGUAUUCUUGCAGUUCUAAGGUGAAGGUUGAAAGCACACCAUUCAUCUUUCCUGCUGCGAUCUUUAAAAAAAAAAAAAAAAAAAAAAACACAGGUUCAGGUGAAUACUUGCUCUGUAUUUUGCUUUGAAAAGACAUCCCUGGAAAAAAAAACCUACAGAAUGUGAUUUUGUUUUUAUUAACUAAAAUAAAUGUGGCAUUGAGUGCAGUAUAUUCUGGUUCUUGUAGAAACUAUGAUGUAAUUGAGGCCCCCUGGAAAAUAACUGAUAAAGAUUAACAAAAAAAGUCUGUAUUAAAUAACACAUGUACAGUAUGCAACUAUAUUAUAAUUCUCAAUGGUGGAAAAUAUUCUAAUUUAAUAAUCAUUCAUUGGAAUCAUCCAAAUAAACACUUGUCAUAAAUAAUCAUAAAUCUAUAUAAAAUUGUCACAAAUAUUA